AUCCGAAUUCUCGCUCCAGUAUACAAGAUGGGGUCUAAGGGAAAUAAUCGAAAAAAUGGGGAAGACUGAUCGAACCAUUAGUAGACUCGUGGCGGCGGCGCGCGGAAAAAAAGAAGGGAUUGCAGCACCUGAGUUUCGCGUAUGGUCUCCCACUACACUACUCGGUCAGGCUCUUAGCAGCUUAACUACAGUUGAUCGGACGGGAAACGGUGCUUUCUGCUAGAUAUGG